AUGAGUAUACAGGUGCAUUUCAACAAGGUUGAAUUGUCGAUUCUCACUAUACCUAGACCAAAGCUCUGGAUCUUUGCAAAUUCGAUAUUACAGCUCUUGUAUGAUUCAAUUGGUGAGCACUGUCCGGAAGAAGAAGAAGAAGAAGCAGACGCAGAAGAAUAUAAAGUGACAAGAAGAAGUGAUAGUGACAAUAGGAGUGAUAUUGACUUUAACAAUGACAAUGACAAUGACAAUGAUGAUGCAGAUGGGCCUGGUCUAAACGACUUGAAACAAAGCAUAGAAAGUUUGAACGAAAUCAAGUCCGUAGAAUCUUAUGAUAGCGAUAUUUCUGGGGGCAGACAAGUGGACAACUCGAGCAAAAGUCUAGACCAUGAUUUCCAAUCCGCUUUAGCCCAAGCUUCGAGCAACCACGAAGAGUCAGAAGAGAGCAUAUUGCAUAUUGCAUUAACACCAUCAGAGUGUACUAUUAUCUGUCCCACACGAUUAGUCUCCAAAUUUUUCAAAAGCCCGUUGGCUAUCUGUAAAGCAUUGGGAUAUAAAGAUGUGCAACUUUUGCCGUCACCAUUUUUGAGCUUAAUAGUUGAUUCGGAUGGCAGUGGAGAUAAACUGUCGAGGAUUCUUGAGUUGACAAAACCAUUAUCUGAGCAUGACAUUUCCAUCUUCUACAUUUCCUCACAUUUCAACGAUAUAGUGUUGAUCCCACACGCUGCAAAGGAGAAAGUGGAACAGAUUCUAACGGCAGAGCAUUUUGAGUACAUGGAGAGCUCAGAUAGCUAUAUAUCAAAUGGAGGGUCAUUUGGUAACGAAGGUGAAAACAUCGAUGAUGUAGUUGUUGUGCAUGAAGAUUACAAUAAUAAUGAUAAUGAAUCCGAAAGUAUCACCACAGAGGUAUUAUUGCUGCUGUCGUCGCCACUGCCGCCACCGCAUCAACAACAACAACAACAGAAGCAGCCUCCAAGACAACCGAUCCAUGAAAAAGCAUUUGAACUUUUUGCUCAAGCAGGAAUUCACCCCAAGAUUCAUGAUCAACAUGAACUCUUAUUAACCGGAUCGCGGCCGGGAGAAAUGAAAAGCGCAAUAUUAAAAACAAUAAAAUUAUUAUCUUUAGCAAACCAUAAACUGCCGCCGUAUUUUGUGCUCACUAGAACAUUCUCCACAGAAUUGUCGUUAACACUACCGGAGUCGGAGAAGACUCGGUCAGAGUAUGGAUUUGAUUCAACAAAUACAAUUGGUUCGGCACAGGAUGUCAUUAUCCCAAUCAGUAUGGAUUUCACCAGCUUACCUUUGAACUGCACAGGUAUUGUUGCAGGGAUGGCGAAUUUGUUGAUCACCGAGGGUGGGAAUUCAAUCGAGCUUGGAUACUUGUCCAUGGCCAGAUCCGGUGUCAUAAUGAUUCCGCAAGAGAAUCUUGAAGCGGUACAGCAAAUAUUAGAACGUAUAUGA